UUCUUUAAUGUAGUUGUAAAUAAUAUAAAGUAUAAAUAUAACAAAGCAUUUUAGGAACAAUUUUUUUCUACAAAAGAUGAGCUCGGCACCAACCACCGACGGCGGAAGUCGUCCUAUGAAAUGCAAAAAUAAGAACAAAUCUAAAUUCACUUGUAUUCCGAUUGGUCUGACGCAAGGGCAAUUCAAUUUGAAUGCAUUUAAAAUUGUCGAACAAUACAAAUGGUUUCAAAUGCGUUCGGCAUGUUUGAUGGCGUUCUGUCACCUGUAUAUACAGGAUCCGUUGAAAUGGACGUCACAGACAAUUAACAAGAUCCUGAUCAACGGAGCAAAGGUGGUUAAAGAAAAUUUUGAACAUGCCAACGACAAUGGACCGUUGGACUGUAUACUGAAUGUUGAAAAUUACGUUGCAAAAAUUCGGAUCGAAGAACCGAUAAUUCUGGACACGAGUCCAUCUCUAAUCGAUACUGUGCAGUCGUUUUUCAAUAACCAUCAGCAUGGACUGUUCAGAUGCUUGAAUUUGUGUUAUUUGAUUUGGAAAACGAAUGAAAUCUAUUUCAUAUUUGACGGUCAAGGCAGUGGCAGUGCUGUAGAUGAUAAAUACGGUUUUGCAUCGUUAGUUUGCACGGAAUCGACACGAGACGUUAGUAAAUUGCUAAGGACUCUGAGUUCCAUAAAGUCGGGCGAUUGUUACUCAGUUUCGGCUAUAAAAAUGAAACAUUUCCGAGAAGGAGUUGGUAACUACACUAAGCCACGUAUACAGUACGUGGGUAUGAAUCCAUACAAAAUUGUAAACGACUGUUUUGCAAUUCUAUCUGGGAAGUUCCAUGUCGAAUAUAACGGAUUUCAAUCGUUAAAAAUGCGACAAUCGAUAACAGUCAAUUUAAUGGCACUGAUUUUUCAUGCAAUUCAACCGGUCAAUUCGUGGAACAGUCAACUUAUCGACAAAAUCAUCUUACUUGGAACAAAGUUGUUUCAUGAAUGCAAGAAAUCGCCACAGGGUGAAGUGACCAUACACCAUUUACCUCAUACCUAUCGUAUUCUUGACUACAAAUUCAAGAUCGAUUACAAACCGUACGAUCAUUCCGGACAAAGAAGCUAUUCGCUGGAUGAAAUGGAAAAAAACCUGUUAAUAUAUCUGAAACGGGCUUUCCCAGCGACUGCUAAAAAUGCAUCAGUUUUCAUUCAGACGAACUCAAUGACUUUCGCUGUUUGGGAGUCGAACAAUUACUUCUAUCUAUUUGACGCUUAUGCACGGAAUCCAGUGGGACAAAUAGCUGACGACCAAUUCGGUAUGGCGUGCAUUCAAAUGCACAGCAGCUUUGAGUCACUUUGCAAUGUUUUGGCAACGAAUCUCCAUGCCAUCGCGGCAAAUGAUGGAUUCGUGUUACACGGAAUAAAUGUUACUCUGACGACAAAUGAUGGGAAACCGGUCGCCGAUACCGAUUUGGAGUUGAUAAGCGAAUUUCUGGACGAUUUAUUUUGGACAGAAAUGAAUAGCAUUCAGGAAUCGUCUGCGAGAAGCGACGAAAUUUGUAAUUUGGAUGAAUCAUCAGACGACGAUAUAUUCAUGGAAACUGUACUUGGCGAAAAACGAACAGCAUCAAGCAUUCAAUCUUCAUCUUCGAGAUCAACCACAUCGUUCGCAUCUGAGUCAGAAACUGUAGACAGUAGAACUGAUGAUUCAUCUUCAAGAACAAGCGAUUCCAAUUCGCAGUCGAAUGACGACUCAGACUCGCAGGGCAGCAAGACAAAGAAAAGUCGAUCCAAAUCACCAAAAAAACUUAGAGAAAACGACUCGGAUUCUCAGGCUAGUCAGGCUAAAAUAGGUCGAUCCAAAUCGCCAAAAAAUCGAAAAGAAGAUGACUCAGACUCUCAGGGUAAUCUGGCUAAGAAAGAUCGAUCUAAAUCGCCAAAAAAACGAAAAGAAAACGGCUCAGACUCUCAGGGUAGUCAGGCAAAGAAAGAUCCCGAAUCGCCAAAAAAUCUGAAAGAAAAUAACGAACAGACGAUGGAUGUAGAUGUUAAAGAAAAAAGCAAAAAGAAAAGAAACAAAGAGAAGCGAAGUAAAAAACUGAAGAAUGAAGCUGAUAAUGGAGACGAUGGACACAUACAGAAAGAAGGAGGCAAAAAGGGAAAAAAGAAUGGUAAAGGUGAAGACAAGGAUGACAAAGAUACAUCGAAACAAUCCCUAGUGGUAGUCGAGUCGUCUAGUGGAACCGAGACCAGUAUCAGCAAACUACUUAACACUUCGUUCAAAAUCUCUGAUCGUGUUUUACUUGCCACAGAAUGGGGAGACUUUUUUGUCGCUUUUGAGAACAACAGCUACUUUCUAGUGGACGGAUGCGUAUGUGACUACAACGCUUUGAUUCGAAUUAAUUUCACCCAAAUGGAUAGUUUCAAAAAGAUUGACAGCAUUGACGGUAUUGUAAGCGAGAUAAUGCAAUCGAAGAAUGUGACAAUUAGAUCAGAAGCUGGAGAUGUAAAGGACAUCGCUCGGUCGACCGAAAUUAUUGAAGUGCAACCGCCCUUUUCCAGUGACGUGGAUGCUCCGAUGUGGGAACUCAUUGAAGGAAUGAUUGAACUCAUGAAAACUACUGCUAAAUUCGAUAAAAUUAAAAAUGAAUUGGCUUGAGUGAGGUAAAAAUAAAUUGAAGAUUUCGACA